UUAAUAUUUUUAAACUGGCGUCCCGAUGCCUGCAAAAUUGAUUCCCAACCCGCCCCGUCUAUGUCCCACCAUCCUGUCCCAAAAAGGCGCCACGAAUUCCCUCCCUAAAAGCGUUUCUCAAUCAACUUGGCAGUAUAUUUUUUCCCGUCGCCCUCAAUCAAUAAAUACAUUACAUUAGCGUAGCUUAGCUGCGAAGAAACACAGAGAUUCGCCUCCGACUCCGACAAUGGACGUCCGACAAUCACUCCUCAACCAAACCGCCGUUUCCUUGUCCCUCACAAGCCACGUCAUCUCCUCCAAAGCUAAGGACUCCAAUUUCGCCUUUUCCCCGCUUUCCAUCCACGUCGUUCUCGGAUUGAUCGCCGCCGGGUCUGGCGGCCCGACCCGCGACCAACUCCUGGGCGUCCUCAAGUCCAACUCUCUGGAGGACCUCAACUCGCUAUCCUCGCAGUUCGUGGCGCUCCUCUUCGGCGACGGCAGCCCUCUCGGCGGCCCUCGCUUGUCGUUCGCCAACGGCGUCUGGGUCGAUCAGACCCUAAGCUUCAAACCGGCCUACAAGGAAAUUGUCGAGAACAACUACAAGGCUGCUUCCAAUCGCGUUGAUUUUCAGACCAAGGCUGCUGAGAUAACGGGAAAGGUGAACGCAUGGGCUGCAAAGGAAACAAGUGGCCUAAUCAAAGAGAUACUUCCGGCGGGUUCUGUCGAUGCUUCCACAAGGCUACUUCUCGCAAACGCAGUUUAUUUCAAAGGAGCUUGGGACAAAAAGUUCGACGCAUUCAAAACCAGCCACCACGACUUCUUUCUUCUAAACGGGACUUCAAUCCAAUGCCCUUUCAUGACCAGCACUAAGAAGCAAUUCGUCCGAGCUUUCGACGGCUUCAAAGUGUUGAGGCUACCGUAUGCGCAGGGCCAAGAUAAGCGCAAAUUCUCGAUGUACAUCUUUCUUCCGGACGCCAAGGACGGCUUUUCUGCAUUAUCCGAGAAAAUGACCUCUGACCCGGAAUUCAUCGAGCACCAUGCUCCGUUCCGACAAGUAGAAGUGAAAGCUUUUCGCAUCCCCAAGUUUAAGAUAUCGUUCGGGUUCGAGGCCACGGAAAUCCUCAAGGAAAUGGGUGUGGUGCAUCCGUUCUCUGGCGGGGGUCUGACGGAGAUGGUCGAGUCUGCGAACAGCCACAAUCUGUAUGUGUCGAACGUCUUCCACAAGGCGUUCAUUGAAGUGAACGAAGAAGGCACCGAGGCUGCGGCUGUGACGGCUGGUGUAGUGAUGUUGUGUUCGAUGGAGAUGGAGGAGGAGGUGGAUUUUGUAGCCGAUCAUCCGUUCCUGUUUGUGCUGCGGGAAGACAUCACCGGCGUUAUUCUCUUCGCCGGACAACUGGUGGAUCCUCGUACUUGAGGUAUCUUGUGUCGUGUGUGUAGAUAUGUAUAUAUGUAAUAUAGAUUAGAUUUUUUGAUUGAAUAGAGUGGCGAUGGCCUGUGUGGGGUUGUCUGUAUUGUGUUUGUAUUCGUGUUUGUGUUCGUGUUCGUGUUGUCGGAUCGAUGAAUAAGAGCACUGUUAAAAAGUAUGCUAGUAGAAAAAAGAAAUACAGAGAAUAAUGUUCAAAACAAUGCUAGCAUCGUGGGUAUAGGUAUUGGUGUUUGCUUCUUGUUAGGCAUAUAUAUAUAUGUAUAUAUAUUGGAGCGGCUUCUCUUCUGAUAUAGAGGCAGUGUUAAAAUUUUA